AUGGCGGCGAGCAAGCUCGGUGCAGCUGUGGAUUUGGAGGAGGAGGAAUCCGAGGAGUCGGAGGUCCGGGUGGAAGACCCGGCAGUGCCCGUGGCCGUGGCGGCCGAGGGCCCCCUGUACUAUGUCCACCAGAAGGACUGGAAGUAUCAUGCGAAGGGGAAGCAGCGGGAGAAGAGCUGGAUGGAGGAUUCUGAGGGCUUCGAGAAGAUGCUCUCCAACAUGAGGUGGGCCUACAAUAAAGCGGCCGAGGAGAACAAGGCCAAGGAAGCCCAGGAGGCCAAGGAGGCCAAGGAGGCCAAGGAUCCCAGCAAGAAGGGCAAGAAGAAGAAGAAUAAGGGGAUCAACCGUCGGCUGCGAGGAGUCCAACGGGGCUUCACGAAGGGACCGGGUACCAUCCGUGCAGUGCCAUCGGAGCCGAAGCCGCCCAUCCAGCCGAAGCCGCUGAAGCCGCCUAUCAGCAAGGGCAUCCCGAGGGCCUUUCAGGACAAGACGCCCAUCAAGGCCGAGAGUGUGGGGAAGGCUUUGAUCCCCAGGACGUAUCCGAAAGUGAUUCAGCCACCGGUGCCGGCAAUCAACAUCAAUUUCUUUGGGAGCUCAGGUGCCUCCGAUGUCAUCGCCGGGUUGCUUGCGGCCAUUGGAGCCGGGAUGGCGGGGCAGCCGCCGAUGCCGCCGCCGGCGGCGGGCCCAGGGCCAAUUAUCGAGGAGGUUAAGCCCGAGGAGGAGCCCGGCAUGGAUGUGGACGAUGAGGAUGAGGAGGAUGGCAAGGGCGAUUCGGAGGAGGGCAAGAAUAAGAGAAAGAGGGAUGAGGAGUGA